UAAGCCCUACCUCCUAAAGGCUGCACUUGCUCUCAGUGGAACCUUUGAAGUGGUUCCCCAAGCCUUCCACAGAUGAAGGGAUGCAUUUAAAUGUCAAACCAUAACACCUCCUUAGGAACAGCCAGUUGAAGAGGUGUGACAGGUAGGGCUCAGAAGACUGGGUUAAACAUUAAUGCAGCUGUCAUCACAGCCCAGAGCAGCAAGUGCCCCAAAGCCAAGUUUCAGACCUGCCUGGUGUUCCUAGAGCAAGGCGUGGCAGCAGACAUGGCUCACUUUGCACAGGUCCUAGCUGAAGUGGGAGACUUUGGUCGCUUCCAGGCACAGGUGACCAUCCUGAUGGGCAUCCCCAAUUUCCUGUCUGCAUUCUUCGUGUUUGGCCAGGUCUUCAUGGUCCUUGAUGAGCCCCACCACUGCUCGGUGUCCUGGGUCAAGAACCUCACUCUGAACCUAAGCGCUGCUGAGCAGCUGGCAGCGAGCAUACCCAGCGACACAGCAGGCAGACCUGAGUCCUGCCUCAUGUUCCGGCCGCCCCCUGACAACGCCAGCCUGGAGGACAUCCUCAGCCACCGCUUCAAUGAGACACAGGCCUGCGACUCAGGCUGGGUCUAUCCCGAGAACAGGCCUCCGUCCCUGAAGAACGAGUUUGACCUGGUGUGUGACCGGAAGACUCUGAAGAGGACCUCACAGUCGGUGUUCAUGGCUGGACUCCUUGUUGGGGCUCUUGUCUUUGGGCCAGUCUGUGACCGGAUUGGCCGCAGACCCUCCCUCCUGGUGCAGCUGCUUCUGUCUGCCAUCACAGGCAUGGCCACCGCCUUUGUGUCCAGCUUCGAGCUGUAUAUGGCCCUGUGCUUUGUCUUGGGUACUGCUGUCGCUGGAUUUUUACUAAGUACCAAUGUCCUCCUUUCAGAAUGGGUGGGGCCGUCCUGGAGAACACGAGCCAUGGUCCUGGCCCAGAGCAACAUUGCCUUUGGGCUGAUGGUGCUGGCCGGCCUGGCCUAUGGUGUCCGCAACUGGAGACUCCUUCAGAUGAUAAGCACCGCCCCGGUCUUCCUGCUCGUCUUCUACUUCUGGGUUUUACCAGAAUCUCCACGGUGGCUCCUCUCCCAAGGGAGGACAGAGGAGGCCAAACAACUGAUCCAGAAGGCAGCCUCAGUGAACAGGCGGCUCCUUCCUCCAGAGCUCCUGAGCCAGCUGGUCCCCGAGCAGACAGGCCCCUCAGGGAACACCCUGGAUCUUUUCAAACACCCUCACCUCAGGAAGGUGACCCUGAUUCUCAUUGCUGUCUGGUUUGCGGACAGUCUGGUGUACUAUGCCUUUAGCCUCCAAGUGGGGGACUUUGGCCUGGACAUCUACCUGACGCAGGUGAUAUUUGGAGCAGUGGAGGUGCCCGCCCGCUUUUCCGGCAUCCUGGUGAUGGAGAAACUGGGUCGCAAGUGGAGCCAGUUAGGGUCUCUGACUCUGGCUGGUGUCAUGUGUGUCCUCAUCAUCGUCAUCCCGGCAGGUCUCCCCACGGUGGUCACCGUGCUGGCCGUGGUGGGGAAGUUUGCCUCGUCUUCUGCCUUUACCACUUCCUACGUGUACACUGCUGAGCUCUUCCCCACCGUCAUCAGGCAAACAGGCAUGGGGCUGGUGAGCAUCUUCUCCAGGAUUGGCGGCAUCAUCACACCGCUUGUGAUGCUGCUGGAGCAGUACCACAAGGCGCUCCCCAUGCUCAUCUUUGGCAGCCUCCCCGUCGGGGCAGGCCUGCUGUGUGCUCUGCUGCCUGAGACACGGGGCCAGACCCUGAAGGACACCAUCCAGGACCUGGAGCAGGGGCGUCCCUCACGGUCCCACAUCACAGCACCCCAGAGGAAAGGAGUGGAAGCCGCAGGAAGGACCUCGAAUAUGAGGAUGACUGUUGUGAACAGUUCGUACUUCUGACUGUGGCCACUAAGAGCCAGGCCGUCAAAAGCAGAGGACUGCCCACGCCAUCUUCUGGGUCUUGUCAGGGCACAUAGGGGCACAGGGACCAGACGGCAUAGUUUACGUUCCGGAGCCCUACGGAAGCUCAGGGACCAUACCCCUCCCCCAUC